AUGGUGUACUUCUCCAAACCAAUGGCUGCGGCCGUAGUUGCCUACCUUGCUUUUCUGGUCGAUGCUCAUAUGAAGAUGAAAUCUCCUGUUCCGUACGGGCAAUCCACUCUUGACAACUCUCCCCUCCUUGCCGAUGGCUCCGACUUUCCUUGCAAGCAGCGUUCCGGUGUCUAUGAUCCCGAAGGUGCCGAGAAUGUCAUGGCGAUCGGUGAACCACAAACCUUGAGCUUUAUUGGCAGCGCUGUCCAUGGUGGUGGAUCUUGCCAAGUCAGUCUCACGACCGAUCUACAACCGACAAAAGACUCCAAAUGGAUGGUCAUCAAGUCUAUUGAAGGUGGCUGCCCGGCUAGUGUUGCUGGAAACCUUCCCGCCGAUCCGAACGGUAACGGUGCUAGCACUUUCCAGUACACUAUCCCUGAAGGCGUUGCUCCUGGAGAAUACACCAUCGCAUGGUCAUGGCUCAACAAGGUCGGAAAUAGAGAAUUCUAUAUGAACUGCGGCCCUGCAACUGUUACUGCGGCGAAGAAGAAGCGAUACGCACCAGCUCCGAAAGUUUCAAAGCGCGAGACUUCAUUUCCCGACAUGUUCGUUGCCAACUUGGCAUCGAUCAAUGACUGCACGACACCUGAAAGUUUCGACUACAUCUAUCCUAAUCCAGGGGAAGAUGUUCAAUCCGCGGGAACUGGUCCUUACACUCAACUCUCGUGUGGUGCGGCUGGCGGCAAUAACGCUCCUCAGCAACCUACGGCUAGUGGUGAAUCUGGUGCUUCCGCUACCAGCGCUGCAGCUAGCUCGGCUGCUGGUGGUUAUACGGUUGCAACCUCUGCUAGUCAACCAACUGGUGGCGCUGAUGCUGGGACAUCUGGACCGACCUUCGCUGGCGGCAGUGGAUACGGUCAACCUCAAGCUACAGGCUCCCCUGCUGUUUUUGCAGCGAGUGCUGCUUCAUCCGCUACCAGCGAACCCCAAGUCAUCCCUAUCGAAACCGCUUCUUCCACCGGCCCCGUCCCGACCGGCAUAUCCAGCUCUGGCACCAAUACCACUGGAACUCAAUCCGGACCUUGCACUGAUGAAGGGGCCUGGUCUUGCGCGGCCGAUGGCAAAUCUUUCCAGCGCUGUGCGUCAGGCACAUGGUCGGUUCCUCUGGGGAUGACCAACGGCAUGGUGUGCACCCCCGGCGUGAGCGACGGUAUCUCGAUGUCCGCCAUCGGCAAAGUCAAGCGUCACGCACACGGACAUGUGAGACGUAUGGCCAAGCCUUUUGGUGAUGCUCUCCAUUGA